UUGCAGAUGCCAAAACCAGCACGUCGAAGACCACACUUUUGUGUGUCUAUUGAGUGCUCUAUGAAUGAUUCCAGCCAGACGUUAUGGUGAAAGCAGCCUUCCCAAUGCUACACUCUUUCAAUCUCACCGUUCAAACAAGGUGGUCAAGAGUAACAAUUGAAGUCUGUUGGUAUUAAAAAGAAUGACAGGCAUUCUUCAUAUGCAUUGCGGACAGAGAAACCCAGAAUUCCUUUGAUGACCAAGGACAUCGUUGUCUUAUUCCUUGUUCUCACCGACACACAAUACCCUUUGUUGCUACAAUGCAUUUCUAUUUCGUUUUGGAGAAGACCCAUAUAAAAUGCUUGUCAGGUCUAAUACAUCUGCAUUUACAAGCUUCGCUUCGUCGCAAACACCACCUUCACUGUUUUCUUCUUCUUUGAUUAUAGUAAUGUCUGAUGUCACAUCUUUGCCUCCGGAACUAAUUUGCAUGAUGGCUGAUUCUCUGAGUCCGAGGGACUUGCUCUCUAUCCGUGCUGUUUCGAAAGAUAUGAGGACGUUGACAACCAAGGCUCUGGAGCCCGUAUGGAAUCGUUCACUACGCGUUAUUCGCACGGAUUUUUCCAACCAGAGUCUCUCUCGGAUUCAUCGAAUUGCGGAGUGCGACGAAUUGAAAAACUAUGUUAAAAUAAUGAGGAUUGAGCCACCCUUCGGUCCUCUAACCCCCCUUCACAGAGUGACUAUGUAUGACCUGAUCAAGGAUCCUACCUCGGUUCCAAAGAUCAAGACCCUCAAGGAUGACCUCGUGCACUCGCUUAAGAACUGCAGAAGCUUUGAACUCUGCCUCAGCUGGAAGGAAGGUAACCUCACGUACCUAGACAGCGACGACGUUCUUAACAUCCUUUUUCACAUUUUCGUCGAGGCUGAGCUCCCUGUGGAAAAUCUGGCAUUGUAUACUCACCGGUAUACUGAGUUCCAGAGGCCCAAAAGAGCCCGCCCAUACACCCGAAUGCACAAGCAGCCAAACCUUGCCCGCGCCUGGACAGAGCUCGCUACCUUGCAGGUUACGCAGCCCUACUUCUUUCACCUCGCUAAUUACCUCUACAGGAUUCUGCCCCAGAUCAUGCAAACCGCGCCUCGGCUCGAGAGACUGAUCAUCAUUGGUGAUGCCAUCAGCGGCCAGUCCAGAGAUCUGGUCUCGCUGCUCAAGAACGUCAAACCUCUGGCGGAGAUCAAACAUCUUGAGAUCCAUCGUUCUGGUGUCGCUCUAGAGGACAUUCAAGAGUGGCUGCAGUUGAUCGGUGGUCAGUUACUGUCGCUGACCUUCUCCGGGUGCUCUAUUAUCACGCCCGCUUCAUGGACUACGUUCCUCAGCUGCGUAAAGAGGACUUGUCCCCGCUUGGAGGCUGUUACCUUCGAAGAAAUGACCGUUGGCAUUGACUGCCUGACAGCACAGUAUGAAGGUGAGGAGGUGGCCGACGCGCUGGAUUGUAUGAUGCGGAAGUUUGAGGAGGCCAAUUUGGUAGAUUGAUGACCUGUCUGUUGAGGUUAUCUUCCACAUAUAUUUACACUAUCUCUACCCGUCCAUAUAUACCAGUUCUUGCUUGAUCUGUCUCUCAUAUACUGAUUGUAGAGUCGCAGUUCAACCAGGAGAGAAUUUGCACGGUCGGCAAUGCAGCAGCUAGAAUAUAAUUCA